AUGGGGCGCAUGUCGUUGGCGGAUCUCGUGGACAUGCGGGCGGCUGAGAGCACAUUUCAGCGACUUUUGGAUACACUUGAACAUCAAGCAAAGGACAUUGACGAGCUGAAGACGACUGUGGCGGCACUAGAGCGCGAGAAUGUCAUCCAAACGGCAUGGAACAAAGAUCUUCACGGCACCUUGGCGUCGUUGACGCCGCGUGUAGACGCUGUGGAAGCCGCCAUUCGACUGCCCAAUGUGAGAAAUGCAUCGCUUGGUAGCAUCGUCGCCGCCAACUACAAGGAAAUCGUGAGCAUGCGGGAAAAGCUGCAUCGGAAGGUUGAACCCGAUGUGGUUGAGGAGGCGUGUCGACGAGUGGAGACGAACAUGUUCAGCGCCUUUGAGAGUCUUCGCAAGGAGUGCGUCAACUUGGAGCUGUUGUCAAGUUUGCACAUGGACCAAGAUGCAUUGCAUGCAAAAAUGGCGGCCCUCGAAGGGCAAAUCGACUCCAAAAUGGACAAAAUGGAAGUCACUCGUGUGGAAGCCAUGGCGUCGAAAUUGCAUGCAUUUAUCCCGCGUUGCUCUGAAAUCGAGCGCUCGUUGCAGCAACUGGACGAGAAACUGACGGCGUCGAGCGCGACGUGCCGCCACCAUGAGCAGCUUGCAGCGCUCGAGACCGCGCAGCUUGGCCACCGCCUGGCCGACCACCGCGCCGACCUGACGACGCUGCGGACGGACACGACGGCGGCACAUGAUGCCAUGGACGCCGUCAUCCAGAAAUGCCAACGUAACAUCCAUCUCUGCCUCUCGAAAGUGCAGGUGGCGCAAAGGUCCCACUCGGAGUUUGCAGCGUCCACACGCACGUCGGUGCAUGAGCUGGCCGACGCGCUCGAAGCCCACGCCCAACGGAUUCAAAACGAGCUAGGGCUCAAGGUCAACUCUUGUGACUGGCAAACCCGUGCCAACGAACUGGAGGCUGCGCUUGAAACCAAGGCGCCACUCCAGGCCGUGACGUCGUUGAAGAAAGACGUCGACAAGUGGGCCGACUGGGCCGGUCGAUGCGACUCGCACGUGCAGCUGAGCGUGCGCUUCAUCGAGUGGUUCUUUGAGCGAGGGGAAGCGUACGAGGCGAAUCUGCAGCUCAUGGAAGCGCAGCUCAAGCACUUGUCGCUGCGACAAGUCACACGGCAGCCCUUUGACGGCCGCGUCCGGUUUGCAGACUCAUAAGGACGUAGAUAUAUAUAACUUUCGAACGAACGACCGUUACGAACCAACGACGCAAUGAGUGGCCACGAGCUGGUCGAACUGCGCCAUGGCGCUUGGAUCUCGAGCGAGUGCUAGGUCGUGAAGUGUGAAGAUGGCUCCAAGAAGGGCGUAGCCACUUAAUGUGGCCAGUUGAUCGGAGGGGGAGAGCUGCAGCUGGUCGGUGGUGGACGGCCUUGACAGGGUAUCGUCGAACGGCACCACGGCGGUCAUGACUUCGACGGAUUGCAACGCUGGCCAUUGUAAAACUUGGCCCAGGUCCGGCUCGGCCUCUUCCGGGAUCGCUGCGGUGGGGGCGCCUUUCCCCAGUCGAAAUUGCACUUCGGACGACGGCGUUCGGCCAUAC